GUGACGAAUUUCCCGAUCCAUCGAGAGUCUUUGUUCAUCGGUCGGCGGGAAACUUCGCGCCACACUUCGCCGAAAAACACGCGAAAAAUCGAAUCGGAUUUUUUCGGGCGCUCUCGGACGGUCUGUCGCGCAACUUCGUGGCGCUUCGAGUCGACGAAUGACGAGGUCGCUCGUCUCCACUCGUCCGCCCAGAGGAACGCCAUUGUGAGCCAUAACGACUGUGCCACACGAAUCGUGUUCGUUCCUAACCAAGUAAAUCGGCUGUAUCGCGGGAUCAUCAAAGCUCAAGAUGGCACAGGAAAAUGAUAUGCCCACUUUCAAAUGCGUGCUGGUCGGCGACGGAGGUACCGGUAAGACUACCUUCGUCAAACGGCACUUGACCGGCGAGUUCGAGAAGAAGUACGUCGCCACCCUCGGUGUAGAAGUCCAUCCACUGAUCUUUCAUACCAAUCGCGGACCGAUUCGUUUCAACGUCUGGGACACAGCCGGCCAGGAGAAGUUCGGUGGCCUUCGAGACGGCUACUACAUCCAGGGACAAUGUGCCGUGAUCAUGUUUGAUGUUACGUCCAGAGUAACGUAUAAAAAUGUGCCCAACUGGCAUAGGGAUUUAGUCCGCGUCUGUGAAAAUAUACCAAUUGUCCUUUGCGGUAACAAAGUUGAUAUCAAGGACAGAAAAGUGAAAGCGAAAAGUAUUGUAUUCCACAGGAAGAAGAACCUACAGUACUACGACAUCAGUGCAAAGAGUAAUUACAACUUCGAGAAGCCUUUCUUGUGGUUGGCACGGAAAUUAAUUGGAGAUCCAAACCUGGAGUUUGUUGCCAUGCCCGCUCUGCUGCCACCUGAGGUGACUAUGGACCCACAAUGGCAACAACAGAUCGAAAAGGAUCUCAAGGAAGCUCAGGAGACGGCAUUACCUGAAGACGAUGAAGACCUUUAGUUUAUUUAACAUUUAUCUAACUCGGGUGGCCUUUACGGAGGUAAGGCCUACGCGAGUGCCCAUGGUUAUAUCGCGUGCACUCGUACAUCUUAAUAAAGGUCGAAGAGUUUUUUCUUUAAGGAACAUAACAUUUGUAUACAAUACUGAGUUCCAGUGCUUCGAUCUUGUACAAUAUACGGCACGCCUUAUACAUCAAAUCCCAUUUCCUUAUGUAUCCUUUCAUUUUCUUAUCCACGCGUUUCUGUUUUUCCUUUUUUAUAUGUCAUCUACGCAAGCAGGCAAGUCGGAAAAAAAUAAAAAAAAAUUCUUUCCUCCUGUUACAUUGUGUUUAACGUAUAUGUAGUUUGUUUCUAAAACUCUUACGUAAAUGGCUUUUCCGUUGGUGCAUCCUUGUAUUAAUUCUGUUUCGUGUUCAAUUUAUAAAUUUGCGUGGUUGUACUAUCGUAAUUGGUCUCGAUUCCGCGACAAUUUUCCAAAAUCCAAGUAUUUUCGAAUACAGAGUUCAUGCAAACACACGUGUGCGUAUGCCGUGUCAUAGCGUAUCCACUUUUAAGAGUAAGCGAUAUUCCGUGAAUCAUUGAAAUUAUUCUCGUGUUCAGCGUGUUUAUAUAAAGCUAAAUUAUAUAAAUUCUAUGUAUA